AUGCAACUGCUUGAUGUAUACCUGGCAGCCCUGACAGCGAAUCUCCUAACAAUCACAGCUGUAGCCCUCAGCCACCACCUCCAUUCCCCAAUGCACUUCUUUUUGACAAAUUUAUUCAUCCUAGACCUCGGCUGUAUCUCAGUGACCAUGCCCAAAUCCAUGUCUAACUCUUUAUUGAACACCAGGUGGAUUUCCUAUGCUGGAUGUGUUGCCCAAGUGUUUUGUCUCAUCUGCUUCUUGGGAGCAAAUGUAUCCCUUCUCACAGUUAUGGCAUACGACCGGUACAUUGCUAUCUUCAAGCCACUGCAUUAUGAGAUAAUAAUGAACAGGAGAACUUGCAUCCAGAUGGCUGCUUGUGCUUGGGCUGCUGGUGUCAUGUACUCUGCACUGCACACUGGGAACACCUUUAGUCUCCCCUUCUGCCGCUCAAAUAUCAUCAACCAGUUCUUCUGUGAAGUGCCCCAGCUGCUCAAGCUCUCUUGCUCUGACACAUACCACAGAGAGCUGGCAGCUCUUGUCUUCAGUUUGUGUUUAGCUUUAGGCUGUUUUGCUUUCAUCGUUGUGUCAUAUGUUCAGAUCUUCACCGCAGUGUGGAGAAUCCCCUCUAAGCAGGGCCGGCAGAAAGCCUUCUCCACCUGCAUUCCUCACCUGAUUGUGGUCUCCCUGUUUCUUUCCACUGGUGGCAUUGCCUACUUGAAGCCAAUCUCUGACUCCUCGUCCCCUCUGGAUCUCCUGGCAGCUGUUCUGUAUUGUGUGGUGCCUCCAUUGAUGAAUCCGAUCAUCUACAGCAUG